CUACGGCAUCGAUCGUUCUUCAGUUUCUCGCGUCGGAAAAAUCCGAUUUCUCCAACCCUCCCCUCACUUCUCCGCACGUGCGAACUAUGAGAGCGACGGCGUGGAAGGACGCGACUGGUCGGCGAGACGAUAAAUUACAGAGAACGAAACGAUGGCUGAAUCACCGUGCUCUGCGAGGAGACAUUAAAAUGCCGCGCCGCAAAAAUCGAACAAAGUGGGAGGCACCGUGGUGCAUUUUGCGUCACGGUCACGCAAAUCUGCCGUCGAUUGGCACGAGUUACGGCGUCGCGAAACGGUUGGCCGCGGACACGUUCGGAAGUCAAUGACGGAUCGGCAUAGGAAAGAAACGGAGCCAUUAACUGGCCGGUGAACAGAAGAAACGACCUCGUGAUCGCGCCGUGACGAGAAUCCGUCGCCGAUGUUGAUCAAUGCUGCAGUUCACGGGUUUAACGCGAUCGACGGAGGUGCUCGAGUCACGAAAGUGCUCCCGAGUGGCCACAGUGAUGACUCACGACAAUAUCUCCGACGACGUUAUUAUCAGAGAAUGGACCUACGAAUCGAAUUAAUUUUCUCAGACACGAAGCGGCUUGAUCGCGACCGCGUGGGCGAAAUUAGGUGUUCUCCAUUAGAGCGGCCCGACCCGUUUACAUUCACUGACCGGAAAUACAAGACAGCGAGGCUGCGCUUUUCAAUUGAUACGAUAAAGCUUCUUGUAUCGUCGUUACAUUUCCGCGAGGAAUCGCACGCAACAAGAAGCCGGGUAGCCGCGGUGGUCGGCGGCCGUCAUUGAUCUCCUGUUAGAAUCGGAUCACUUCGAUGUAACAAGAUAAAUAGUCAGCGGGACACCGUCGGUGGUCGAGGGUGCGGAUCGCGGAGUCAUGCUGACUGUGUAUCAAGAGAAUCGAGUAUGCGCACGCUUGUCCGAUCCGGGAGUACUUAACGUGUGCACCACGGAGGUUCCCUGGUCGCUCGACAGACCGCGGGAUGGGACACUCUUCGAGUCACUUAGGCGAGAUGAAGUCGUCGUCGGUCGGUCCUGCAUAAGCUGAGAAUUAAAUAUCACUGGUAAACCCUACCUCUUGGCGUAACAAUAUCGUUUCGCGCGGACGAAAAAUAGCGAGCCAACUAUAAUCGAUUUACGCUACAACGGCGAGAAAAGCGAUAAACGAUUGACUAAGAAUCACCGAGGCAAGAACUAUAUCGGAUUGCGCAUCAUCUAACCGCAAAUCUCACGAUCUAAUGACAAAUUCUCGCUUUAACGUUUCUCAUGGCGCGGCUCACCGGCGGGGAACCCCCAGGCUCCCGAACAGCGCGAGCCCGAUCGGCUUUUUAUCCCGUGCCGGGGUUUUUGCACGAUCAUCGGGACUUUCGUCACGGCAACACCCGGGCACGUGACGCCGCGAACACGGUGUUACAGGUGUUUGCGCCCAUCCACAGUCUCGACUACGAUGACAUCCUUUCGAAUCGAUUCGUCAGACUUUCCCUCUCCUGGAUUUUUGUCUCUGCCACCCGCGAGUGUGAAAUGGUAACGUUCCAGGAAAACGUCAACCGAUCUCGCGCGAGACUAUCGACCAACCGGCCGGCUCGUUCUAUUUCAAGCCGCCAUCGCUCGCUUCUUCGUCGCUCGCCGACGUUCCGCGUUUUUGUUAACGGUAUCCUGCGGCCGGCCCGAAGACGUCCAAUAACUUCGUUAAGUGUUUUUACCCAGGAUGCAGAAUCGGAGGUCUCCGGAAGUGGUCCGAUGCAGAACAUUUAAGCAGGUUUCUUUUUCCCCGCGAGCUCUCGGAAACACCGCUAUUAGUGUUAUCGCGGCUGCAAUGUCGUUUCAAUUGCCUAACGAGGGGUAAACCUCUGGCCAAAAUUAUGUGCACCAAUGCCUACUAAUGCCCAGUGGGCAUUGCUUUAUCUUAUUUUAUCUUUGCAAUGCCCCAGCA